GAGAAUGUAAACUUCCUGUUUUUUGGAAAUUCGUUUCAUGCACAGAUACAGCAAAUUAAUUAAUCAUGUAUGCUUAUGAAGAGGAAGAUGACCCUGCAGAUAAUUACCAGAAAUCUGUCCGAGAUCGGGCCAAUGUCAGUUUGAAUGAGUUGGAGGAUGUUCUCAUGGGAACCGGAACUAGUCCUAACAACUCCGUCACCACUUACGCGAAGAACCAACUUAAAUCUUCCGUACACCCACGUACACUGAGGUGGUAUGAGGAGUCUGGUCGCCCGCAGAAAUACAAGGAUGCAUCAAAUCAACUUGGCAAUAUCCUCAACUCUCAGCAAGAGAAACAAUACAUGCAGAAAACGACUGGACCAGAAUCACAAAAAACAACCCAUGGUCCAAUGCCAUCUGUUGAGGAAGCAGCAGCCAUCUUACAAACCCAGACCAGCUACAUUCACCAGCUAGAAAAUGAAAACAGAUACAUCAAGGAAGAACUGUUUGCACUAAGAGCAAAAGUUGGUGAACUUUUAGAUGAAAACAGAAGACUUCAUGAUGAGCUAAAGAAAAGUGUGAUGCAAGAAGUGUUUGGUGUUGAAGGUGAUUUUUCCAAGGUGGAUGACUCCUUCCUUCUGGACGAUGAAAGACAGGCAUUCCAAAGCCGAGAUAUUCGUAACAUACAGAUAGAAAUGGAGCGCUUAAGUUCCAUCCAUGCUGCUCGGACAGAGAGACUUGAGUCACAGUUAACACACUCCAGAGAGGAGAUCCAAAGAUAUGAGCAGAUAACAGAAGAUCUGAGGUCACAACUACGCAUGAGGGAUGUGAUCCCAACUCGAGAAGAUGGCAUGUUUAUAGAUACUGCCUACCUGUCUGAUGCUCAGAAGGGCUUCCACAAACAGACCAUCGACAGGCUCACAAAGGAGCGGGAUGAACUCAUGGAGCAUGUAACCGUUCUGAAGGGACGUGUCUCAGAGAUGGUUGGUCGUGAGGAGGAAGCCUAUCAACAGAUGAAAAAAGGCAUUGAACUUGUGGAACAGGCUCAGUUUGAGCAAACACAGGCGAUGGUACAUAAGGAACAAUUGAGUGAGGAACUUAACAACAUGAGACAAAGGUUUAAUGCACAUAUCAACGACACACAAGUUAAGAUGAAUGAGGAUCGUGAAGCAGUACGGCGUGAAAAUAACGCCAUUGAAGAGGAGCUUAACAGCAAGAUAAAAGAGCUCAAUCUGCAAACAGCUGCCAUGUCUACACAAAUGGAUAAAGUGACAAGGGACAAAGUGGCACUCAUCAAUGAACUGGAUGAACUAAAGGUGCAGUUACGUCGAUAUGAUAAGGAGGCGGCUAUGUCCACUGACACAUUCCAUGCCGAGUCCACCAAUGCCAGUCUACAGAAGAGUCAAGCCCAGCAGGAGGCAGCCCGUCUAAGGAAAGAUAUGGACGUUCUACGACGUGCCAAGGAUCAGGAAAGGACGCAGCUACAAAUGGAGUUAGAUGAGUCACGGAGACGUCUGCAAAAGGCUGAACGAGAUCUAGUGAACAGCAAAGAGGAGUGUAUUCAUCACACAACAACAUCCCAGGCUUUAGAGAGAGAGCUACACCUUGCCAAGUUGGCACGAGACAGCAUUGAACGAGGUCGUAAUGAGGAUCUCAAGGCCAUAUCUCAUCGUUCCCAGCACCGUGAGGAGGAACUCAACACCUACAUAGACGAGAUAGAGGAUAAACAUGCUCGAACUUCUCAUGAUAUGGAUGUCAUGAUUAAACGCCAAAACAAACUGAUUGGGAAGUUACGUGAUGAGUGUAAAAGACAAGCUGCCCAGAUAGAGACGCUAACCAGGAGAAACAGGACCCAAAAUGGUAACUUAAAAAAGCAAAAUGAAGAGCUACGAAUGCGCCUGGAUCGAGCUGUAACCCGCCUCAAGGAUCUGGAGGACACAGGUGAUCAACAUUCACGUGUACACGAAAAAAUGAAGGAGAGACUGAAAAUGAUGGAUGAUCACAAUCAGACUCAAUCACAGCAGGUUCUAGACCUUAUAGCUUGUCAGAGCAAGCUGAAUCGAGACCGUCAACUGCUGGCACGGGAAGUAGAGUUCCUCCGCAGACAGAUUGCCCAAUCGACAGAGGAGGAGCUACAAAAAUACUUUUCUUCCAAUAAAGGACUUGUUGAUGAGAUUCUGACGAAUGUUACUUCUGAGGAACGUGAAAAUAACUUUACACCAAAAGACAAGGUGACAUUCAGUGAGAAUAUUGAGACGUGAUAUGUGGCCAUGAUUCUAGUUAGGUUUUUACUGUGAGCAGAUAUUGUGAAGUAGGUUGUGUCUCCUCAGACAGAACUGAAACAUGUGAUAUUGUACAAUGUAGUGCCCAGUUCCCCCUCACAGGGGAACAAGAAUGAGUGGACAAAUAUAGUUAUCAUACAGAUAGGCAAAAGUUAGCUCAGCUUCCACAGGGGCAGGGAACUGAUGGAGACUGGAGUGGACAAAUGUAAGCUCAGCUUCCAUAGAGGUAGGGAACUGAUGGAGUGGACAAUGUAAGCUCAGCUUCCAUAGAGGUAGGGAACUGAUUGAGUAGGCUGAUGCAAGCUCAGCUUCUACAGGGCCUGGAAACUGAUUGGUGUGGACAAAUAUAGAUAUCACAGGACGAAAUAGGUUCUGGUCUCGUAUGCUGAAAUAUAGCCAAUCAAAGAAAUGAUUUGUUAAUGUAACCCUGGUAUAAUAUUAGCCGCGAUACACCUCUCAGCUAGAGAUCGGUUGAGCUUUAGACUAAUAAGCCAGAGGUCCUAGGGUUUGAUCCCUAGCCGAGACAGUUAUUUAACUUUAAUUUAAUCAUGUGCUCCGUUACAUGGGUACCAAUGUGAUAUUAGUUUAAUCUACAUCAGACAGAAGAGAUGUCGCUAAUGUUGGGUCUAGUUAGGGUUAUUUAUUAUUAAAUUUUAACUUGACAGUAAUAUUGUGGUCAGACUCCACAACAUGAUGAAGGUAGUGUGGUGUAAGCCCAACUCUCAAUACCAGUUAAUGCUGGUCUCUGUAUUACAGAAUAUAUUUAAAGAUGUAUCUUUUAUAGUAAUUCUGUGUUAGCUUUUGAAAAGUCCACACUUAAUUCAUAAAGGCAGACAGAAAUUUUAUAUCAAUAAAACUAUUUAAUGAACUCA